CACUGUUUGUGGCUCGGUUUCAUUUUCGUCGAAAAAAUUGGUUUCAUCUCAUAACCACAUCUUUACCGUCCGCUUCGGUGAUAGAUUUACUACUGGCGCCUGUUGGUGUUGUUGUUUCUGCACGUAAUUUCUUUUGACUAUGGCAUACUAGAUUUUCGUUCCAUGAUGACGUAUCGUCGUCGUUUGCUUGAGGAUUCGCAUUCGUUUCUUUUCUUUCCCAACAGCAUCAACAUAUUUCACGACGACACUAUCAACCCCGUAAUUAAAAAUUCGUCUGGUUCUCAUUUAUUUCCCAAUGUAGUCAACAAGCAGUUGUAUUCUUAUUGUUUUCUAAUACUUCUUUCCCCAAGUGAAGUGUUGGAUAACAAGAAAGAAAAUCCGGAGAAGAAUGGAGCAGCCGGUUCGCAGCAGUUCUUCCAUGACCUUACCGCGGCCCCCGCGGCCCCUGAGGAGGACAACCAUGAAAGUGUCGUCUUUUGUCUGCUUUGUGAUAGCGGCAACGACGUCGUUGACCUCGACCUCGUCCACCGCCUUCUGGGGCAAUUAUUCUUUUCUGGCCGCGCACGCGUUGAAGUAGGUGAACGUGAAUGUCAUGAACCAGCAACUACACGAGCAGAAUAA